UCAACCCAAGAGAAGGGAACAUACUAUGAAUUUUGGUUACCAGUGAAAAACUUGACCCAUCGAAAACUCCACAUUUCUAACGACAUUUGGAAAUUUCGUGGCAAUGAGACUGACCACGCCUUCAUUAGGUCUCGGGACAUUAGAGGCCACAAAGGAAUUUAUGACGGCGGCGGUUAUGUAGCCGAGCUGGGAAGAACUUAUCGACAAACUAAAUCAGUCCUGAAAUACAUGAAACGCACGAAUUGGAUUGACCAACAAACUCGCAGCGUCUUUGUGGAAUUUACAAUUUACAAUCCAAACAUGAAUCGAUUUUUAAAUGUUGUGAUUUUCAUCGAGCGUGGCCCAUCUCAUUCAUUCGAGACAAGUUUCCAGGUACAUAAAUAAAACUACCAGCUUUUGAAAAUUGUUGUGAUUUCACUCAACUUUGGCUUCCAGAUAACCCCAGUAUUCUUAACGAUAGAUGACGACCUCGAAGGUCUGUCCUGGGUGAAGGUUUCAUUCUUCAGCCUGAUCAUUGCUGCCGUCCUGCUCGUCCUCAAUCUCAUUUGGAUCAUUUGCUUCUCGAGUGAACUCCGUUUAUGCCAGCAGUACUGGUUUUGGCUGAAUAUCGUCAUGAUUGUGGGCAUUGUGACGUCCUUGUCCGUCUCCGUCAAAAAGUACUACGUGAUGGAAAACAUUACGGAAACCAUCCAACUGAUGAAAGUCAACGAGUAUGUGAACCUGCAAGAAAUCGCGUACUGGGACGGAGUUCAAAGUGCAGCCUUCAGCAUUACUCAGUGCAUUUGCUUCCUCAAGAUAUGGCGAUUGUUGGUAUUUUUGGAGGGGGGAUUUCUCGUGACCUCGCUCACAGUCAGAUUAGCGUCUCAUAUGAUUUUCGCCUUCUCCUUUGUCGUACUCAUUGUGCUCGUGGGGUUUACGUGUGCUGGGUACAUAUUCUUCGGAGGCUCAAUGGCGCAGUUUAGCACGCUUGGAAAUACUUUCUUGACCUUGAUAGGACAGUCCUUGCACGUAACAAUAUUCGACGAGCUGUACCUCACCAAUCGAAUCAUUGGACCAAUCUAUGGAUCUGUAUAUGGUUUCGUUUCCAACAUUCUCUUCCUAAACUUGCUAAUUGCCAUUCUAAAUCAGUCCAUGAUUGAGGCAAAAAUGUUGGCCAACGAAAAAUUUAGAAACUGGGGAAUCGCGGAAAGCAUUGUUCACCACAUUUUUCGCCGUCACGGACAUCAACCUGCUACUUCUGCCCUCGUAGAACUUCAACCCGACCGACUCGAAGGGUUAAAGAAAUCCACCGCAGAACUCUUCAGAGCUGCUCUACGAUCUGAAGAUGCUCAAAAAAUGAAGAAGAUAAAGCUCUACGCUAAAUAUCUUCUGGAAGGAACGGAUUAUUAUUUACUGCGACGCCAGCCUGCAAACUACUAUCAGGAAUUUUUAAAAGAACGAAAAAUGGACGAAAUGCGCCUGCAGACAGCAGAAUUUCUCAAGGCAAGGAUGGGCACGGAGAUGAGCGUUGAGGAAAUGAGAAAAUACAACGAUAUUAACAAGACCAUUGUCUCGUUGAGAAUCUUCAAGCUGGAAAAAGCUGUUAAUGAAUUGCAGCGUAAAUUGAAGAGGUAUCGAAAUGACGAAGUCGUGUUUCAGUGUAGGUCUGAAAAUGGUGUAAUUACUUUUGUGUGAAUAUAUUCGUAGUCUCAAUUUGUAAGGAAUUUUAAUGAGGAACUAUUAGCACCUUUUACUACUUAAAACGAAUGAGAAUCGCAUUAUGGAAAGAAGUAAAUAUUUUCUACAUGAAAUCUCCAGCAUACACCCACAAGUUUUUUUAGACAGUGUGUCAGUUGACCAUUUUAUAGCAAACAUAUUGCAAGUUGGCUUUCCAUAAUUAUUUUCAAAAUGAAGUGCACCAGGACCUGCGGUUUAUCGUUUAACGCGUUUACUGGAGUUGUGGGACUUUUGGAAAUCAUUCUGUCUGGAUUAAUUGCUGCUUUAUCCGUAUACACAUGGAUUAAGGAAGGAAGACCUGUAAGGUUUAUUUAUGAAGCAGGGAAAUCGGACAACUACGUGGUUCGAAAUACUGCACUAGAAAGCUGCGUCUUUGUUUGGUGUCUGGCCAUUGUACUUUUGGUGUGCAUUUGGAGGAUAAUUUCGGCAGUACUCUUAUUCCUGUGUGUCAAACGGGAUUCUGCUCCACUUGGUCAAUAUUGGCUACUAUAUAAACUUUUGGCCUUAAUAAUGUCGCUUUUUGUUGCAAUCUCGUCAUUUAAUGCGCCGGGGAUCAAGAUUGUGGCCAUUCUUUCAUUUGUCGUGGACCUUGUCACCAGUUACUUCAUGUUCAUUUUGCACCCGGAGAUUGGAAGGAUGCAACGAGCCCUGAUCAUCAAAGAGUGAUAAAUUGAAAGACAUAUAUUAAACAAUGCGAUAAAAUCUUAUCAUUUAAAAUAUUAUCGUUUAGUGGUUAAAUAAAAUCGACAAUGGACAACAUAUUUAA